CCUCUUCCUUGUCCUUGCCAGCUUCGGGAGCAGCGCCGCUCAGGAUAAACACAUGGCUAAACUGAGUAAAGAGACCAAACAGCGGCUGCAGCAGCUGUUUCAGUGCGGCCAGUUUGUCAUCCGAUGGGGGUUUAUCCCCACCGUGCUCUACCUCGGCUUCAAACGAGGAGCAGAUCCAGGAAUGCCGGAGCCGAACGUCUUGAGUUUGCUAUGGGGCUGAAGGACAUCUCCACACGACCAAUCCCUUCAAAUCCAUCAAACCGUAUGACUUGUCAUCUCAAAGCCAGAAAAUGGACAUCAUCUUUCACUUUGCUCCCUAUAGAUUAUGGUCUAUUGUCUGAGACGUAAUGAACAAAUAAUGUCUUAAACUUACAUCUUCAGAGUGGCAAUGCUCUUCUGUGUCCUGCAAAUACCCCCCCCCCCCAAUUGAGUGUGUGUGAUAUAUGGAUACAAUGACCGUUUCAUUUUUUUCUUUUUAUUUGUAAUUUAAAACAUCUGACAAUAAAAACCUGAAAGGAUAA